CAUUUCGUGAUCUUCCACGUGACCUGACGCAGCUGGGUGAGUCAUGUGACUGGGUGACGUCAGCCCAAACAAACAUGGAGGCGGUGGUGGAUGAGGUCGUAGCUCCUGAAGAUCUGGAGAAGUUCCAGAGGAAGUACAGCGCGGAACUGGCGAAGGGGGCUGUUUCCAAAGACACUAAGUUUGAGUACGCGUGGUGUCUGAUCCGGAGCAAAUCCAGCCCUGAUAUUAAAAAAGGCGUCGAGCUGCUGGACGAUCUCAUUCAUAAAGGGACCAAAGAUGAUCAGAGGGAUUAUUUGUUCUACCUGGCUGUUGGAAACUACAAACUGAAGGAGUAUGAGAGAGCGCUGAAGUACAUCAGGGCUUUACUGAAGAACGAGCCGGGUAACACACAGGCCCUGGAGCUGGAGAAACUCAUCAGCAAGGCCAUGAAGAGAGACGGGCUGGUUGGCAUGGCGAUAGUGGGAGGAAUCGGCCUGGGCGUGGCCGGACUGGCCGGACUGAUUGGCCUGGCUGUGGCUAAGAAAGCUGCGUGAGGAAGUAGACGCUGGGCUGAAUCGUCACAGCCGUCCAGCUGGGGAAGCAUAUUUGGGUGGAGCUGCACUGAAGACGAGGAGUCCAUCCGGCCAGUUUCAGCCGGUCUCAGCCUGCGUCCAGCUGAGAUUAAUAACCCAUAAUGCCUUACUCAUUAUUACAGAGGCAGUUUUACUACAUAAACAACAGCAGAGCUUUCCAUAUACAGCAUUAGCAUUAGCUAGCUUUAGCUUUAGCUUAGCCGCCACGCUGAACCCCAGAGCAUUCUGCUGAGCGCUGAUGGAACCGGACAUUACUGUUUAUUAUUUUACAGUUGGAUGUUCUUGUUUAUUUGGGUUCCUGACUGAAGGUGAGCGCUGACUGAAACAGGAAGCUGAUUGUUCUGUGAGGUUUAGAUGCUCACCACUCAUCAGAAAUGCAGUAUUUUAUAUUUGAUAUUUGAAUUAUUAAUGAAAGCACCAGCUGACCAGUCCAGAACCUCAUUAAUAAAUAAUAAAUAGGUGUUUUCCUCA